CGACUGGCUGGUGAGUAAGUGAGCCAGUUCCAGGCAGUCUCGCGCACAGCGGCAGCCGACUUGCGCCACGAGCUGUCAUCAUUGUGCACGCAUCACGCACUGUGCGCUGAGCACAUUUCUUAUUCAGACUUCAGUUUGAUACUUAUAGUACGUGUUUCCCCCUUUAAAAACUAUUUCAGGCACAUUAUGACUCUCAGGUGAUAAUCAAAGUGUCCAGGUGGUUCUGGCUGCUAGGUACUGGAGGCUGGUAUCAGAGCUUCGCUGAAGGAUGGAGAAGGACGACCCAAAGAUCGUGAACAAGGGGUUGGAGGACGAGAUGGAGAUCUCGGGGUACAGGUAUUGCCGCUGGAAGCUGGCGCUGGUGGGCCUGGGGGUGCUGGCCUCCGGCGGGUUCCUGCUGCUGCUGCUGUACUGGAUGCCGGAGUGGUGUGUGAAGAGCACCUGCUCCAGGACCUCGCUCAGAGAGGCCCAGCUGCUGCUGCUGCAGUCCACGGACGAGUUCAAGCGCUGGUUCCUCGCUAAGGUGCGGGUCAUGCUGGCUCCUGGGAGGAACCCCUUUGACUGCCUGGAUUCCCAGACCACCUCAGCUGCGGCCAAUGGCCACACCCCCCAGAGCCACGCCUCCCAAGGCCACACCCCCCAGCCCUCCGACAGCCCCCCUGAGGACCUCAUCAAAAAGUAUGCAGAGUACCAGCCCAUGCAGAUUCGCUAUUUCACACUCCACAGCACCAAAUACUUCUGGAACGAUGCACUCCAGAACUUCGAAGUGUUAACGGGACUGGAGGACCUGGAAGUCAGCUGUUCCUCUGUACACUCCGACCACAGUACUGGGCUGAGCAGGAGCCUGCAAGUCUACAGGAGGCUGUUCUUCGGGACGAACGAGAUCGAAGUCAAAGUGCCUUCUGUUUUCAAGCUGCUAAUUAAAGAGGUCCUGAACCCGUUCUACAUCUUCCAGCUCUUCAGCGUCAUUCUUUGGAGCGCUGACGAGUACUAUUACUACGCCAUGGCCAUCGUCUUCAUGUCUGUCAUAUCGAUCGCUACCUCUCUGUACACCAUCAAGAAGCAAUACGUCAUGCUGCACGACAUGGUGGCGACUCACAGCGUGGUGCGAGUCUCGGUCUGCCGCGCCGGCGACGAGCUGGAGGAGGCCAUGUCCACGGAACUGGUCCCCGGUGACAUCAUCGUCAUUCCCACCAACGGGACCAUCAUGCCCUGCGACGCCGUGCUCCUCAGCGGCACCUGCAUCGUCAACGAGAGCAUGCUCACAGGGGAGAGUGUGCCCGUCACUAAGACCAACCUGCCGAACCCGGGGCUGGGCGUGAAGGGGGCGGAGGGAGACUGCCCCUACAGCUCGGAGGAGCACAAGCGGCACACGCUGUUCUGCGGCACCAACGUCAUCCAGACCCGCUUCUACUCCGGGGAGCUGGUCAAGGCUGUGGUGGUCCGCACCGGCUUCAGUACAGCUAAGGGGCAGCUGGUGCGCUCCAUCCUCUACCCAAAACCCACCGAUUUCAAGCUCUACCGAGACGCCUACCUCUUCCUCUUGUGCCUGGUGGCUGUUGCGGGCAUCGGCUUCAUCUACUCCAUCGUGCUCAGCGUCAUGAACAACGUUCCGGUCAAUACCAUCAUCAUCGAGUCGCUGGACAUCAUCACCAUCACGGUGCCCCCCGCCCUGCCGGCGGCCAUGACGGCGGGCAUCGUCUACGCCCAGCGCCGUCUCAAGAACAUCGGCAUCUUCUGCAUCAGCCCCCAGAGGAUCAACAUCUGCGGCCAGCUCAACCUCGUCUGCUUCGACAAGACCGGCACACUCACAGAGGACGGAUUAGACAUGUGGGGGAUCCGGCGGGCCGAGACUGGCAGGUUCCACCCCUCAGAGGACAGCACCUAUAAGGAGUCUCUGGUGAAGUCCCAGUUCGUGGCCUGCAUGGCCACCUGCCACUCUCUCACCAAGAUCGAGGGCCAGCUCUCCGGCGACCCGCUCGACCUCAAGAUGUUCGAGGCCACAGGCUGGAUUCUGGAGGAGGCGACGGAGGAGGAGACGGCCCUGCAUAACCGCAUCAUGCCCACUGUGGUGCGGCCGCCCAAACAGCUGCUGCCGGAGCCUGCCGCUGCCCCCGAUCAGGACAUGGAGCUGUACGAGCUGUCGGCGGCGUACGAGAUCGGGAUCGUGCGCCAGUUCCCCUUCUCCUCGGCGCUGCAGCGCAUGUGCGUGGUGGCGCGGCUCCUGGGGGAGAAGCGCAUGGACGCCUACCUGAAGGGGGCGCCAGAGGUGGUGGCCAGCCUCUGCAAGAAGGAGACGGUGCCGGAGAGCUUUGCCGAGGUUCUGGAGGAUUACACCAAGCAGGGCUUCCGGGUCAUCGCUCUGGCCCACCGGCGCCUGGAGUCCAAACUCACCUGGCACAAAGUUCAGAACGUCAACAGGGACCUCAUUGAGGCCAACAUGGAGUUCCUGGGGCUGAUCAUCAUGCAGAACAAGCUGAAGGCGGAGACCCCUGGUGUCCUGGAGGACCUGAGGCGGGCCAACAUUCGCACCGUCAUGGUUACCGGUGACAACAUGCUGACAGCCAUUUCGGUGGCUCGAGACUGCGGGAUGGUCCCCCCGCAGGACAGGGUCAUCAUCGCGGACGCUCUGCCCCCCAAAGACGGCCAGGCCGCGAGGAUCAACUGGCGCUACGCGGACAACCCCAUCAAACAGGAGGACAAGGGCGCCGCACUGCAGGAAGUGGCGCUCAACAUGGAGGAAGUGGACCCCAGGGACAACCCCAGGCCGAAGGAGCACUACCACUUCGCCAUGAGCGGCAAGUCCUUCAGCGUCAUCAUGGAGCACUUCCAGGACCUGGCCCAGAAGCUGGUUCUUCAUGGCACGGUCUUCGCCCGGAUGGCCCCAGAUCAGAAGACUCAGCUGGUGGAGGCGCUGCAAAGUGUAGAUUACUUUGUGGGCAUGUGUGGAGAUGGAGCCAAUGACUGUGGGGCCCUGAAGCGAGCGCACAGCGGGAUCUCCCUCUCAGAGCUGGAGGCGUCCGUCGCCUCCCCGUUCACCUCCCGCACUCCCAACAUCUCCUGCGUGCCCAACCUCAUCAGGGAGGGGCGGGCAGCUCUCAUCACCUCCUUCUGUGUGUUCAAGUUCAUGGCGCUGUACAGCAUUAUCCAGUACAUCAGCGUGACUCUGCUGUAUUCAGUGCUCAGUAACCUUGGAGACUUCCAGUUCUUGUUCAUUGAUAUCGCCAUCAUCCUGCUCAUUGUCUUCACCAUGAGUCUGAACCCGGCCUGGAAGGAGCUGGUGUCGCGGCGGCCGCCCUCGGGGCUGAUCUCCGGGCCCCUGCUCUUCUCCGUUCUCUCCCAGAUCCUCAUCUGCCUGGGCUUCCAGACCCUGGCCUUCCUCUGGGUCCGCCAGCAGAGCUGGUACGAGGUGUGGACUCCUGCCUCCGAUGCCUGUAACGCUCCCCCGAACGACAGCUCCGCCGCCGUCCACAACGAAACCGAACCGGACGAGCACAACAUCCAAAACUACGAGAACACCACCCUGUUCUACGUCUCCUCUUUCCAGUACCUGAUCGUCGCCGUCGUCUUCUCCAAGGGAAAGCCCUUCCGACAGCCCAGCUACAAGAACUGGCCGUUCGUCCUGUCGACGCUCGCUCUCUACGUCUUCCUCCUCGUCAUCCUGUUUAACCCCGUCGCUGGCAUCGAUAACUUCCUGGAGAUUGUGUGCGUUCCUAUGGAAUGGCGCCUCAGAAUGCUGCUGGUCGUCGUAGGUAACGCAGUGGUUUCUGUCCUCGUGGAGACCUUCAUCCUUGACAUCGUCUUAUGGAGUCUUGUGUUCAGCCGUGACAAGCAGGGGGCAUUCGGGGUCUCUUCCGCCCAGCAGACGCCUCAGGCCGGGGCGGACCGCUGUGCUGCCGGCUCGCCGUCCCAGUGGUGCUGCCGGAGGUCCCGGGUCCCCAAAGCGCGCUACAUGCACCUGGCCCAGGAGCUGCGGGUCGACCCCGACUGGCCCCCAAAACCCAAAACCACCACCGAGGCCAAGGCCCCGCCCCGCCCCGAAAACGGAGCCUACCCAAUCACGGCCACCUCCUAGCACCCCCCCGCCCCCCCCCUCCCCCAAAACCCCUUCUCUCCCUCCUCUCCUGCAGUUUGGACUGAGAUGACCAAGGAAAAAAAAAAGGAUGAAACGAUUACUUCGGCAGAGAGGCUUUGGACUGGAAGAUCACGCCACAGUAAACGAACAAAAAGAUCAAAACAAAAGAAAAAGGUUGUAUUGUCGACAACAGGAAAGUGCCGUAUUUGCUAACGUCGGAAAAACGUUAGCGUGGUGGUUCCACUGACGGGACGUCCCACGUCUUGGCUGCUCAAGUCAACCUUUUCGUUGCUGCUGUUAAUCCUCUCACUGUUUAGCCGCGAGGGUGCUGGGCCCUCGGGGGGGGGGGGGCUGUUGGACCCCUCCCUCGAAGGUCAGCCGGCCCGUUUGUUACGCAUCCGAUUGCUGAAAUGCAACUGAAAAUUUUUAAUGUCGGACAAAAAAAAACAAAAAAAAAAGUUAAAGGCUGUGUCGAUUUUAACGGAGAUGAUUCUGUAAUUCACGUGGCGCUGACUCCGAGGGUCACAUGACCAGUACCUCCUGACACGCGCACGCCACCUUUCGGGAGGCGGCUCGGAAAAGCUUUAGAACGGGAAAACUGAGGCGGGAAGCCGUUGCCGUGCGGAGAGCCUGCCCGGCAACGGCCCGCAGCGCCACGGAGCGUCACGGCAACCGCUGCGUUCCCGUGGCGACGCAGGAGCGCUGUCUGAGAACGGCACUCGAACUGGGCUAGCGAGCGCCUGCGCCUUGUUUGCCCCGGGCCUCUGAGUUGCCGGUGGCCAUCUUUGUCCUGAACCUCCGACCAGCGUACAUGAUGUCACGCAGGCUCAGGGGUCACGUGACCUUCGCAGCUGGUUUUUAUACAUAUACAUGUAAAAUUUCUCUCUUUCUUUUUUCUUUUUCUUUCUUUCUUUUCUUCCCGUGGAAGAACACCUGAGGUAUAGCAAUCGUACAGAAAGGCCCGGCGUGGCAGCGCUUCCCAGUGGGGGGAGGGGGGCGGGGGGGGGGUGGCGGGGUUUCACGGUUCGAACAGACAGCCAGCCGCUGCUUCUAGGGGCGGGGCCAGGCGCUGACGGACAGCUGAGGCGGAGUCGCCGCAGGAAGUCGUCGGGCGUGGGACCGUGUGACCGCAGGGCGAUGAGGAGCGGUCGCUCUGCGGUCUGAAGGGCUAAACACACCGUGGACCCCGCGCCGACCGGUGAGCAGCACGCGCGUCUCUCGCGCGCGGAGCUGGAUCUCCUUCGCCGUCGCGCACUGAAGCGCAACGCGGGGCGCUCCAAACGGCUGUCCCCUCUGUGGCGUACAGCACUGGAAAACCCCGCCUCUCUCCAUCCCUCCCUCCCUCAAAUGGACAGCCGCCUCCCUCCCUCCUACUUUCCCUUCACUGGAAAACCCUGCCCCCCUCCCUCCCUCAACUGGACAGCCGCCUCCCUCCCUCCUACUUUCCCUUUGCUGGAAAACCCUGCCUCCCUCCCUCCAUCCCUCCCUCCCUCAAAUGGACAGCCGCCUCCCUCCCUCCUACCUUCCCUUCACUGGACACCCGCUGCCCUCCCUCCCUCCCUCCGACCCUCAACUGGACAGUGACACGAGUCCAUUCCUACAUAUCAUGUGACCUUGCUUUGUGUCGAUCAAAUGCUCGUCAUACUGUGCUAUGAAAUGUAUUUAUCAAUUGUAUGUU